AUGGAAGCAGCUAUGGAAUUCGAUGAAGCAACUCUAAGAGGCCAAGCAGAUGUAUGGAAGUACAUGUUCAGCUUUGUAGAUUCCAUGGCCUUGAAAUGUGCCGUGGAGCUCCGCAUACCAGAUAUCAUACACUCUCGUGGUCAUGCAUUGACUUUGUCUGAAAUAGCAUCGUCCUUCGACUCUUCUUCACCCGGUCCCGAUAUCACAUGCCUCUCUCGCAUCAUGCGGUUGCUGGUCCGCCGGAAAAUCUUCACCGCACAUUAUGAUGGUGAAGAUUCCGAUGAAACCCUCUACGGAUUGACUCCCUCGUCUAGAUGGCUCUUGCGUGACUCAGAGCUCACACUAGUUCCGAUGCUUCUCUUGGAGACUGAUGCUACUCUGAUGGCUCCAUGGCAUUGUUUCAGCCAGUGCGUCAAGCAAGGUGGCUCAUGCGCUUUUGAGAAAGCCCAUGAUCGAAUUAUAUGGCAAUUAUGCUCUGAAAACCCCGAGUUCAACCGAUUGUUCAACGACGGAAUGGCGUGUACUGCUAUAAUUACGAUGAAAGCGAUACUGUCCGGCUAUAAGGGUGGGUUUGAUGAUACAGCAACACUGGUGGAUGUUGGCGGUGGGACUGGAAGCGCAGUGGCAGAGAUUGUGAAGGCGUAUCCCAGCGUUAAGGGCAUCAACUUUGAUCUACCACAUGUAGUUGCAACAGCGCCGAUGUACCAUGGGGUGUCGCAUGUUGGAGGUGACAUGUUUGAUGAGGGUAGUAUACCAAACACUGAUGCAAUUUUCAUGAAGUGGAUUAUGCACGACUGGAGCGACAAUGAUUGCGUCAAGAUAUUGAAGAACUGUUGGAAGGCGAUACCGGAGAGAACUGGCAAGGUGAUUAUUGCGGACAUCGUUCUGGAGCCAAAUGGUGCUGGCAUGUUUGACGACACAGGCUUGGUGUUUGAUCUGUUGAUGAUUGCACACACUUUAGGUGGAAAGGAGAGGACUGAGAGUGAAUGGAAGAAAAUCUUGGAACAUGCUGGCUUCCCUCGCUACAAAAUCAUCAAAAUUCCAUCUUUACUGUCCAUUAUUGAGGCAUACCCUGUGUGAAAACUGAA